AUGGCAAUAGCUUACGGUAGGGUAGGUUGAUGAAAAGAAGAGGGGAGAACUGAUACAUCAUAUUCUGUUUCCCUUCCAACCCAGGUUCGAAGAGAUGAUGGAGAUCUUCAGCCUGCAGAUCUACGGAGAGAGUUGGAGAAUGCUCAUCGGAGACUUCCGAUCUACUGUAUCAAAAAUCAGCAAAGAGCCUUCCUUUGUACAUGUUCCCCCAAAACUGGAAGGAGGAAGAAAACGCAACGAUGAGGCGUUCGCUCCCCCCGAGUCGGAACAGGCUGACGACAGAUAA